AUGAUUGCAGCUGCGCCGGCCCGUUGGCUGCGCAUCUCGUCUCUUCGAUCUGCUAUACCGCAUUGUCGUCCUCGUUCCCAACCAGUAUGCCCGGCCCAAACAUGCCUUGGAGCCAGGACAGCAGCCACGUACACGUCUCGCCAUCAGGCUGCUCAGAUCUCGGUGCUGCAGACUGCUGUUGAUACAAACUCGACGGGCUAUGUCGACAACAAAAAGUCAAUGCAAGAGCUGCUUGAAAGCUUCACCACUCUACACCGUAAUGCGGCUCUAGGAGGUUCAGAAAAGGCACGCGAGAAGCAUGUCGCCAAAGGAAAGAUGUUGGUGCGAGAGUGA